AUGUACUGGACUUUAUUGAUUAUACUCCCAUAUCUAUCAGCUCUCGCAGCUGGUGGGAUACCCACGUAUAGUUCACAACCCAACUCUGGGAACAUUGCUCUGCCUCCCUCAAACAUCGAUCCGAAGGCCGAGACGUCCAACCUCCACUAUCAUUGUGGGGGUUUCAUCUUCCUGCAUCCCCCUGACUAUCAACCACAUCUUCUAUACCCGGAUCCACAGACCAAUUUACAACCAAGUUCACCACAGCGAAACCGGCCAGUAUCACCGGGUCCAGGGCGUCCUAUAAGCCGCGCAGCUGCACCACCUCCGGUAUACAUAGCGGCAAAGUGUAAAAAGCCAAACGGCAGAGAAAGUCUCGCAGGAAUCAACUUGAAUAAAUGCCUUGGCUGGGAUGACCAUCGCAAAGCUUUCACUGCAGAGUACGAGUAUGUAUCACCCAUUGCAGCAAUAGCGGCCACGGCCAUUGCUUCCAGCUGGAAUUGCUGGGACUGCGGGUACAAGAAGUACCGAAAGCCCGCUUGGAAGUUUAUACUGGGUUGCAAGUGUAGCACGAAUGCACAGGAUCGAACACAGUGGGAGGUCAAGGAGUUCACCCAACCUGGCGUUCUAGUAUACAAUGAGAAGACAGGUCAAAUGGGUUGUCAUGGGUAUUUUGCAGAUCUCAACGUACCCGACAUCCGCUAG